CACUGUGCCGCCGCGGGAGGGCGGAGUUUAUGAACUUUCACACCGAGCGGAGGCGACGACGGACAGAUAUGUGUUCUGUUGGCUCAUUCGACCCUUUGUGAGGGUUUUAACUUCUUAUUCGUCAUUCUUUUGUCUCAAGUUUGUGUUUUAAUUUCUCUGCGCCAACAUGAUGCGUUUCCUGCUCCUCUUCAGCCGCCAAGGGAAGCUUCGUCUCCAGAAAUGGUACACACCUCUGACGGAGCGAGAGAAGAAAAAAAUAAUCAGAGAUAUGACUACCAUGGUGUUGGCACGGCAACCACGAUCAUGUAACUUCCUACACUGGAAAGACUUGAAAAUUAUUUAUAAGAGGUACGCCAGCUUGUAUUUCUGCUUGGGUGUGGAAAGCCAAGAGAAUGAGCUGUUGGCUCUGGAGGUCAUCCAUCGAUAUGUGGAGCUGCUCGACAAAUACUUCGGCAAUGUGUGUGAGCUGGACAUUAUCUUUAACUUUGAGAAAGCCUAUUUUAUCCUCGACGAAUUUCUAAUGGGUGGAGAAGUACAGGAAACUUCCAAACAGACCAUAAAUCGGUGCAUUGAAAACUCUGAUAUGUUACAAGAGGAUGACAACAAUGAGUGGUAUGAGGUGGAGCUGUUUGGAUGACCGUGAAUAUGGACAGAAAGACCAUGGAGGAGUAUAUGAGCAAGCCUGCGUUCUGACCGGGGACCCAUGGACCUUACUAUAAAAAGUUUAAAUGCAUUGUUAAAAAAAUAUAUUUGGAAUGGAAAUUAUUUUUAACAAGGAAUUAUGAUUGUUUGCAUAUUCUGCCUUUUUUUUUCAAGAUAAUAAUGUAAUUGUUUUUAUACAGAACAGAGUGCACAGUUUAGAAUGUGUUUGAUCAGGGAAAUUCAGGCUAUUUAUAAAGAUGUAAUGCAUUUAUUAAACCACUACACUAUGAGAGAGAUAGAAAUCAUCGCACAUCAUAAGGUUUGUUGUUUUUGUAAGGAUAAUUAUGCACAUUUUUUUUUAAAUAUAGAGGAAAAAUAUUCAUAGCUGAAGUGUAAGUGAAGUGUGAGGUGUUCAGUUUGCUAGCUUUGGCGUGAGGAUUUUCUAAAGUGCAAUUUGAAAUGUAGCUCUAAAUUUAAGUCAUGUAUUUUGUUAUUAUGUCAUUUGUUACUCCUAUUCUUGGGUCUGCCAUUCAACCCGGACUUGCCGUUGCUUUGCUGUACGAGUUUUAAUAAGGCAACUGAACCCAGCAAGGAGAAAAAUAAUACCGCUGAUGCUUUAUUCUUCUGUGAUUCAAUACACAUUAUUGAACAUGUACAAAAUGGUUUAAAAAUGAGCGUACAGAGCACAACCACUGUUAGGCCAACAUGAUGCAGUAUGAAAGGGUUGGAAGGCAGGCGACGGUCUCAUAAUAAAACUCAGAUAUUCAGAACACUUA